GGCAGCAACGAGCGGACCGGGUGGUGACCUACUCCUACUGAACUACAUACUGCUCUGGACCCGCUGUUGUUCCGUCACCUGCUCCUCUGCUCCUCUGUUUCCUUUUUGUGUGUGUGUGUGUCUUCGUACCACUUGUGUUUUGUUGGAAGGGAAGGGGUGACUGGAUCUCUAACACUCUAUGAGGAAUUGACAUUGCUGAGAGGAUGGCUGACGGCAACUUGGCACAGGGACUGUUUAUCUGUGACCGGAUCACUGCUCUAAUACAAGUCACAGCUUUGUGAUUUGCAACAGGGAGUCAGUCAGCCAGAGGCGAUGGGUCAGUCAGAGGGGCUAGAGAGCAGGAGUGGCAUAAACAGCCCUGACCCCCUGGUACGAGAAGCCUAUCUGAUGUUACAUGACUAUAUCAACUAUGUGAUCGCAGGGCCCGACGGCCACAUAGACCCACCCCCUACUGCCACAGCAGCAGCCCUGCGCCAUGCUGGGGACGAGCUGCUCAUUAGGUUCCCCAUCUUCUUCAGGCGCUGGCCACGCGUCUUCCAGGAUGUGACUGAGGCCACAGCCUGCCCCAUGCUCACUGCCAUCCUGGAUGAGCACUUUGCCACCACCACCCCCGGGGGGCGCCGACGAGACCUGGCCUGGAGUGCAGUGCUGUCGGUGUAUGUGCUGGCUGGCCAGAUGGCCCUGCACUGCCACGAGAGGGGCAUGGGGGGAAUUCUGCCCCAGCUUAAGGAGUGUGUGGGGGUUUACGUGGAGAGGGUCAUCUGUCCAGAGAUUAGGGACAAGGGUGGAUGGACAGGCUUUGUGUCCCGCUUUGGGCAGAAGCAGGACUUGGAGGGCCAGGUGAAGAAGGUAUGUUGCUGGACUCUACUGCUAUUGGUCACCAGUAUCCUGUCCUAUUUCCUGUGGAAACGAAUAAUAUCUUCAACAACACCCCGACCUGGUGACUAAAAUCAGAUUGCUCCAAAAGUCUGCUUUGUGAAUAAAUAUUUUCCCAAAGCA